UCGCGGUGAAAAAUUUACGCGUUAAAAUAUUAGCUUAGAGCACGGCGACGUUCCCCGGUAUCUCUUGCGCGCGGCGCGAAAAAAUCUUCUAGCUCUGUAACGGAGGGGUUACGACGGCGUUUGCAGGUCGUUUACCCAACGUCGGGUAAUAUGAGUAUAAAGGGACGCCCGGGUCGUGGCAGUCGACUAUUUCGUUAAAAUACCUCGCGAUGCAACCGCGAACAUUCUGCUUUAUUGCCAUUUUUAUUGGCUACGCGGUGUUCGUGUAUCCCGCCCUCGCCACGCCGGUCGCGGUCACCGAGGCAGCCAUAUCGGAGGAACAAAAAGUUCUCGUCGAUUGCCAAAACUCGGAUUACAGGACCUAUAUAAAAUGCCUGCGAAGACACAAGAGGCAACACUCGCUGCACGGGGAGUUCGAUCAUACCUGUUGGGACUCGUGUAUAAAGAAAUGCCAGACAGACUUUACGUCGGAACCAUGUGACAAGAAAUGUAAUCACUGUUUGAAGAAAACGAGGCAUAAGGUUCAAGUAAUCACAGAAUAUGAAAAUGAAUGCGUCCAUGGGAAUUGCAGCGUACCUAAAAAUGGCGAUCAUUUAGGAACCACUAAUAUUACUACGAAGAUUGAUAUUCAUAACGUUAUUAACAAUAACGCAAGUGGAAUAGGUGGAACAAGUAGUUCAAUGUGCUGUCCUACAUGUAAUCCACCAAUUCCAUGCGGUUCACAACCGCAACCCCCGCAACAUCCGCAACAACCGUGUCCUCCACACAUAUGUCAUCCGCCACAGGCACAGCCACAGCCACAGCUACCUUUUCAGUUAUCGUUGGUACCGCAGCUAUCUUUGGGACUAGGUCUUUCAUUAGGUACUGGAUGUCAAUGGCCUUUCCAAUGGCCUUGCUACGGCCAAAAUUGGACGAAACCAGUAGGACCAAUUGACUGCUCGGGUUGUACACAAGGAUUGUACAGUUCUUUUAGAUGUGACGUGUCUUGUUACGCGACACAGGGUGUGCAAACUUCUAAUUCCAAGCCUUGUGUGAGUCCAUAUUGUGUGGGUGGUAUCCAUUGAUAAUAAGUAUCAAAAAAAUUGCGAGACUAUAAGAUUUAUAUGAACUAAAACAGAAUCCGAAAUAUAUUUACGUUAAUUUGUCGUUUCUGCUCUCGAAUGUAGAUAUUAUAAUAAAAUUGUUCUAUAAAUAUUAUAUGAAUUAAUUUAGCCUAUAAAAAGAAAAUAUCUGCUGUUAUAUGGUAAUAAAACUGUUAUGUUUAACUUAUGUUAAAUUAGAUUACUGGUAACUUGUAUCGUAAUUAUUUCUAGAGGAAGUAAAAUAUUUGUAUGAAAGUGAGAUGACUUAACAACAGUGUAACAGGCGUUUUUAAAAUUAAUAGUGUUACCAUAAUAUGUCGCGUUAGUCUUACAAAAUUGUUAACAAAUUUAUAAUAUAUAAUUGAUAAGCAUAAGAAUACAUUUUUAAAAGAAUAGAUGCUUACAUUUUGAUAUUUAUAAGAACUGUAAUAUUUUACAAGAAUUUAUUAAUACUUGAUAAAAAUAUACUACACUAUAAAAUAUUGAGAAAUAUUUAAAAAAAAAAAGAUACAUGUGCAGCUGUUACCUUCAUCGUAUCACGAUACUCUGCGCCUACGGAUACAACCUGUUCAACUCGUAUGUAAAUGAUUGCAUAUCACAGAGAGCAUACAAAAUACUUUC